GGGCGUGGCGCGCGGUGGGCGGGGCCUCAGCGGGGCGGGGCCGGAACCUCUUUUUCCCUCUCCUGCCGCGCCCCCGGCCGGCACUGUUACUCGGCGCACCCAUCAUGGCCGCAGCCGCCUUGGGGCAGGUCUGGGCCCGGAAAUUUCUUCCUGUCCCAAGGCUUCUUUGUGCUGCAGGAAGAUAUGCCUCCUCCAACUUUAAGGCUGCAGACCUGCAGGUGCUCAGGACGAAGGAGCCACAGAAGAAGCCCAGUCGAAAUGAUCCGCUGGUCUUCGGGAGGACGUUUACGGACCACAUGCUGAUGGUGGAGUGGAGCGGAAACCGAGGCUGGGGCCAGCCCCGCAUCCAGCCCUUCCAGAAUCUUCUGCUGCAUCCUGCCUGCUCUGCCCUCCACUACUCCCUGCAGAUCUUCGAGGGCAUGAAGGCCUUCAGAAGCCAGGACCAGCAGGUGCGGCUCUUCCGACCGUGGCUCAACAUGGACCGGAUGCUGCGCUCGGCCCAGCGCCUCUGCCUGCCGACUUUCGACAAAGGAGAGCUGCUAGAGUGCAUCCGCAGGCUCAUCGAAGUGGACAAGGACUGGGUUCCUGAGGCUGCUGGCACCAGCCUCUAUGUGCGGCCCGUGCUCAUCGGGAACCAGCCCUCGCUGGGGGUUGGUGUGGUCAACGAAGCCCUCCUGUAUGUCAUUCUCUGCCCUGUUGCCUCCUACUUUCCUGGAGACGCCAUGACCCCUGUCUCUCUCCUGGCUGACCCAACCUACAUCCGCGCCUGGGUGGGUGGGGUCGGCAACUACAAGCUUGGGGGGAAUUAUGGUCCCACUGUGCUGGUGCAGCAAGAGGCUCAGAAGAAGGGCUGUGAGCAGGUCCUGUGGCUGUACGGGCCCGACCAGCAGCUCACUGAGGUGGGCACCAUGAACAUCUUCGUCUACUGGACCCAUGAGGAUGGGGAACUGGAGCUCGUGACGCCCCCGCUGGACAGCAUCAUCCUGCCGGGUGUGGUCAGACAGUGUCUGCUGGACCUGGCCCGGUCCUGGGGUGAGUUCCGUGUGGUGGAGCGCAAGAUCACCAUGAAGGAACUGCUGCGGGCGCUGGACGAGGGCCGGAUGCGGGAGAUGUUUGGCUCUGGCACCGCCUGCCAGGUCUGCCCGGUGCACAGGAUCCUCUACGAAGGCCAGAAUCGCCACAUUCCCACCAUGGAAAAUGGGCCUGAGCUGGCCCUGCGCUUCCAGAAGGAACUCAGAGCCAUUCAGUACGGAACAAAUGCCCACGAAUGGAUUCUCCAAGUGUGACCCCCUCGGGACGCAAGAUCCAGAGACCUGUAGCGCUGAGCCCCGCCCGCCCGCCCGCCCGCCUCCCCUCCGACUCCUCAAGUGCAAUAAGAAGGCCGAGGGCAGCACGUCGGCUCUCCAGCGCCCCCACGCGGGCCGGGAAACGCACGGCGGCUCCCUAGCGCCCCCACGUGGCCACCACACUCCCAACGCCGAAGGGCCAGACCUGGUGGCUUGGACCUCAGCCCGCGUCCUGCUUUGGGGACCAAGGACGCGCUUUGGCCGCGACUCAUCUCCGUUCUCAGGCUGGACCCCUGGUAUUGCCGUUGGGUUUUUUGUGUUUUUUUUUUUUUUCUGUAAUUUUGAAGUACAAUGCCAAAGAACAA